UUGUUUUUGUUGCAAAACCAUUUUUGAUUUUUGUGUUACUUUUAACAAAAAAUGAUCAAACACUUAAAUAACAUCUAUAAGUUUUAAAUAUAUAUAAUAAUAAUAAAAUGUCCACGCCACUGGAACAGCAAACAGAUGAACGGGAGGCGUUGCAGUCCAUUUACGAGGGCGAUACGAACUUUAAAGAAAUAGACAGCGUCACAUUUCAAUACAAAUAUGGUGAAGAGGACAACUACAAAUCCUUCCUGGUGGAGCUGAAAUGGGGUGAGAACUAUCCAGAUGAGGCCCCAACGAUUAAUAUGAACACAUUUUACAAUAGGAAUCUACUGCCCGCUGUUAAGGACGAAAUCCAAACGGCUCUGAGUACGGAAGCUACUCAAUGGUUGGGGUGUGGCAUGACCUACACCCUCUUUGAAUGCCUGAAGGACAAUCUGGAGCAACUGACUGCUGCCCAGCCCGAAUCCGCUCCCACCAUAGUAAGUGUGGAUGAUGGCGUGGGUGCUCUCAAGAUCUCCGAUCCCGAUGCGGAUGCCAAGAAAAAAGAGCCCAAAAAGGAGCAUCUGACCAAGGCGCAAAAGCGCCGGCAAUGGGAACGAUCCGAUCACAAAGGAGAUCGGGAACGUGGCUGGGAUUGGGUGGACCUUGUCAAGCAUUUAUCUCAGACGGGUGGAAAGAAUGAUGAUGCCACUGCCACCGAAACAGCUGCAUCCAACCCUCCAGCUUUGCAUCCACUAAACAACUGAAGCCCUAGCCACUUAAGAAGACGAAAAUAGCGAAACAGAUGAAAAUCGAAAUAAAAAGUCAAUACUAUUAUUAAUAUGAUGAUAAUGGCAAAUUACAGCCUGCUUGUCCAUCUCAAAAACUUAAUUAUGUUGGCUAAAAAACUAUUAAAGGUUAUAACUUUUGAUUUAA